AUGGCAAGUCAGCGCCAGGAUGGGCGCUAUGGCAAGUUGGGGUCGGGAGAGAGGAGGAGGAGCAGCAGCAGUAGCAACAGCAGCAGCAGCAGCAGCAGCAGCAAGAGACACAACAGCAGCAGCAGCAGCAGGAGAGGCAUAAGAGCACCUACGCAGCUAAGAGGGGAUUUGCUGCUGACGGAGCAAAGCAGCGAUGGUGCAGCAGCAGCAGAAGCUCGUGCUGCAGCAUUAGCAGCAAUUGUUGCAUCUGCUGCUGGUGGUGCAGCAGGUGGAGGAUCAGCAGCAACAGCAGCAACAGCAGCAGCAGCAGCAGCAGCAGCAGCAAGACGCGGCUGCGCCUCUGAUGAUGGAGGGGGAGGACCGCAGCAAUGGUGUCGUACACCGCGGUGGCCUGGCAGCAGCAGCAGCAGCAGCAGCGCAGCAGCAGCAGCACAAAAUAGUACAGCAGCAGCAGCAGGUAUUGCUCGCCUAUUUACUAAUCAUAAUAUGCUGCGCUGGCAUCAGCAGCACCGCAGCAGCAGACUGCAGCAGCAGCAGCAGCUGCUGAGGACUCCUUGCUGCCUCUUGCUGCAGCGCCACCUAUCCGAGUACUCGCAGCAGCAGCGCAUGCAGCAGCAGCUGCAGCAGCAGCGCAUGCAUCGCAGGCAGCAGCAGCAGCAACGACAGCAGCCCCAAGCAGCUAAACGCUCUCACCCUCCAGCAUGUUUGUCCUCUCCUAACCAGCAGCAGCAGCAGCAAGGGCAGCAGCAGCAGCAGGAGCAGCAGCAGCAGCAGCAGGUGCUGCAGAAAAAGGAGCAGCAACAACGCCGAAGACGCGGGGACCUGCUGCAGCAGCCAAUUGGCAUACAAGAAGCAGCAACAAACACGGAGCAGCAGCAGCUGCUGCAGAAGCAGCAGCAGCAGCAGCGGGAACAGCAGCAGCAACAGCAGCAGCAGCAGCAGCAGCGGAGGAGUGAGCAGCAGCACACAACCCGCAUGCUGUCUAGGCAGCGCCAAAGUCGCCUGCGGCUGCAGCAGCAGCUGCAGCAAGCCCGCGAAGAGCAGCAGCAGCAGCAGCAGCAGCAGCUGCCUGCUUCCGUCCUGUUUGCUUCUCAGGAGCUUCGUGCUGCAGCAGGAGAGAGCGAAGACGAAGUCUUGUGGCUGCCAGCAGCAGCAACAGCAGCAACAGCAGCAGCAGCAGCAGCAGCACCGGAUGGCCGCCGCAGCCACCGGAGACUACGCAGGGGCAACAGCAUAAAAAGGGCUCAAAGUGCAGCACCUAGCAGCAGUAGCAGCAGCAGUAGCAGCAGCAGCAGCAGCAGCAGCAGUUUGGUGGUGUGGGGCGGCAGCAGCAGCAGCAGCAGCAUGCAUGCAGCAGGAGACAGUCCCUUAGAAAGGGCUUUGCUGCGAGCUGCGGCUGGCUGCUGCAACGCAUGCAACAGCAGCAGCAAGAGCAACAACAGCAGCAACACCAGCAGCAGCAGCAGCGGGAAGAAUCCUUGCAUGUGCCGAAUGAGCAUGAGCAGCAGCAGCAGCAGCAGCAGCAGCAGCAGCAGCCAGUUUAGCGGCUGCUGGUGCCGCAUCUGCUGCAGCAAUCGUUACGGUAGGAAGACAACGAAUUGCCAUAGCGGCAUGCCUUGUGCUGCAGCAGCAGCAGCAGCAGCAGGAGUAGUGCCGCUGCUGCUGCUGCUAGAUGCAGCAGCAUGGGGCAGCCUAGCAGCAGCAAGCCGCACAACUUUUAUGGCGUUAUCUUCUUGCCGCAGCAGGGACAGCUGCAUGCUGCUGCUGCUGCUGCAGCAGCAGAAGCAGCAGCAGCAGCUGCUCUCGUGGAGAUGGGGAGAGCCCUAUGCAUGCGAACUCCCGCUGCAGGUGCUGCGCCCCAGCAGGCGCUACCAGCAGCAGCAGCAGCAGCAGUUGCUGCUGCAGCAGCAGCAGCAGCGGAGGAGGCGUGUGGGGACACAGCCUGCUCUUCCUGCAGCAACAGUAACAGCAACAGCAACAGCAGCAGCAGCAGCUGCUGCUGCUGCUCCCGCUGCUCCUGGAGAGGAGGGAGCAUGUCUUGUAGUUGGCUGCAGCAGGAAGGGACAGCAGCAGCAGCAGCGAGUGAGCUGUUCUGCUGCUGCUGCUUCUUUGCUGCGUGCUGCUGCUGCUUAUGUGUCACCUCCUCUAUCUGCUGAGGGGCAGCUGCAGCAGCAGCUGCUUGCUGCUAAGGGUUGGUCUUGCAUGCAGCCGCUGCUGCACCAAUCUUUUCUUUGGCAUCCUCCUGUUGCUGCUGCUGCUGCUGCAGCAGGAACAGGACGAUCAUCAGCAGCAGCAGCACCAAGAACAGCAGCAGCAGCAGCAGCACCAUUGGUGUUGGCCCGUUGCAUUGGGCGGAACUGGGGUGGCAUAAGUCCCCUUUGCUGCAGCAGCAGCAGCAGCAGGGACAGCAGCACCGUCAGCAGCAGCAGCAGCAGCAGCAGCAGCAGCAGCAGCAAUAUAUCUGCUGCUGCACCUUUGCUGCUGUCUAUUGAUGCUGCUAAUGUUUGCUGCUUGUCUUCCCUUACUGGGCAGCUGCAGCUGCAGUUCCGUUUGCUGCGCUGCUUUACGUUGUCUCCUUUUGCUGCACUGCAGCAGCAGCAAGUGCAGCAGCAGCAGCAAGUGCAGCAGCAGCAGCAGCAGCAGCAGCAGCAGUUGCCUGUGUAUAAGCAGCAACAGUUGCAGCGUAGUACCUUCUGGACAUCUGCUGUUGAUCGUAUAUAUUAUAGCAGCAGCAGCAGCAACAGCAGCAGCAGCAGCAGCAGCACAAAGUUGCUAGCAGGGCAGCAGCCUACUGUAGAUAUGCUGCAUGCAUAUUCUGCUGCUGCUGCUCCUGCUGCUGCUGUUGUUGCACUAUACGAUCUGCAGCAAGAUGACUAUUGGGAGGAGAAUUGUUGCUGCUGCUGCAGCAGCAACUACAGCAGCAGCAGCAGCAGCAUCACCACCACCACCACCAGCAGUACAACCGCCACUACCGCCUGCUGCUGCUGCUGCAGCAGCAGCAGCUGCUGCUGCUGCAGUGUACGUACACCCCAGCUAAUUACCCCACAGAGCGAGGUUGAGCUGCCGCGUAGCAAGGGAGAAUUUAUAGUAGAUAUGUCUCCUCUUGAUGCAGCAGCGCUGCUGCUGCUGCAGCAGCAGCAGCAGCAAGGAGUACUUCUCUCCUCUGGGUCUGUAUGUGCUAUUGAUCUACAACGCAUGCAGCAGCACCAGCAGCAGCAGCAGCAGCAGCAGCAGGAGGACGAGGAGCAAGGACAACAACAACAGCAGCAGCAACAGCAGCAGCAGCAGCAGCAGCAGCAGAUAAAUGGGCAAGAAGGCUGCUGCCUCUGUCCCGCUGCACUCAGCUAG